UGCAGCCGCCGCCGCGCAGAUCCACGCUGGCUCCGUGCGCCAUGGUCACCCACAGCAAGUUUCCCGCCGCCGGGAUGAGCCGCCCGCUGGACACCAGCCUGCGCCUCAAGACCUUCAGCUCCAAGAGCGAGUACCAGCUGGUGGUGAACGCAGUGCGCAAGCUACAGGAGAGCGGCUUCUACUGGAGCGCGGUGACGGGCGGCGAGGCGAACCUGCUGCUCAGCGCGCAGCCCGCCGGCACCUUCCUCAUCCGCGACAGCUCGGACCAGCGCCACUUCUUCACGCUGAGCGUCAAGACCCAGUCGGGGACCAAGAACCUGCGCAUCCAGUGCGAGGGGGGCAGCUUCUCGCUGCAGAGCGACCCCCGGAGCACGCAGCCUGUGCCCCGCUUCGACUGCGUGCUGAAGCUGGUGCGGCACUACAUGCCGCCUGCGGACGCCCCGCCCUCCCCGGAGCCCCCAGCCCCCGAGGCCUCGGAGGAGCCCGAGCAGCCGCCGCCGCCCGGGAGCCCCCCGCGCCGAGCCUACUACAUCUACUCCGGGGGCGAGAAGAUCCCCCUGGUGUUGAGCCGGCCGCUGUCCUCCACCGUGGCCACCCUGCAGCAUCUCUGCCGGAAGACGGUCAACGGCCACCUGGACUCCUACGAGAAGGUCACCCAGCUGCCGGGGCCAAUUCGGGAGUUCCUGGACCAGUACGACGCCCCGCUUUAGUCGGCAGGCGGCGGGGGUCUGGGAGGGGGGCCUGGGUCCCCUCUGCUCCGUGGUGCAAGCACAAGAAUCCAGUGUGGAGGAAGGCAGGCCCGCCGCUGCUCCGGGAGAGGGCCAGGGGGCCGACGGACCCUCCCCGCCGCGGAAUGGGGCAGGCUGGACCUGGAACGCUGUGAGGGCAUGGGGCGCCCCUCCCCCACUCCAGCUUCCCGGGAGGACCUGCUGGCCGGCUGGGGACGGUGGCAGCCCGUGGAUUCGCCUCCUUUCUCCACUGCCCCUCAGCUUCCGGCUGGGAGCGCUGCCCCCAGGAGUGCUGAACUGCGGCCAAGGGCCCUGGGGGAUUUUCAAACUUUCCAACGGAACUUGUUUGCUCUUGGAUUUUGGUUUAAGGCCGAGCAGGUUGGGGGGAGGCGGUGGCUGGGAAAGGCUGGAAGAGAGAGCGGCUGCAGGGGGCCGCUGCCCUCCCUGGCCCGGCCCAGGCGAGGAGGAUGGCCGUCCGCUUCUCUCCCUGGCACUGGGCGGGGAGGGGGGCAGGCGUGACCCGAAGGCAGUGUCCUGGUGCCCCUCGGCCUCUCCCCUGGGACAGGUCCCAAAGUCCACCGGGUGCCCUGGAGCCCAGGGCCCUUCCUCCGUUUUAAGGGGGACAUGGCACCUGGAGAGGCCGGGUGGCUGGUUAGUUGUCGCCUUUCACCCCUUCUAGCCCCUGGGGCGGGGGGUGGGGUGAGCCAUCUUUGACCCCUGACCCUGGCAGACAGAACAGAGAUUCUACUUGGUGCCUCCUGGCUGUCUGGCAGGAGAUUUCGCCUUAAUGUCCCCUGUCUCACGGAAGGGGACUGGCACACGAGCAGCCACACCCACGCCAUCCAGACAGAGGGAGGCCAAGGGAUUCGUGCCCUGGGGCCCCGGGCGGGGGGCACCCAGCCAGCCACUGCCAUCGAAGGUGGCUUGGGGAGUGGAGACCCAUGCCUGCCUUCCAGCUGAGCCCUGGGAGAAGGUGAGCCCAGCUGGUCGGAGCAGGGCCUCCCUGGUCCUGCUGCCUGGGCCCCUGCACAGCCCGCCCUCCCAGCCUGGGCGCCUGCUGCUCCAGCCACAGAGCAGUGACAACUACAGGAAUGUAGCAGCAAUGGAAUUACCUGGAACUGUGCUUUGGGGGAGGAAGGGGUCCAAACACACACACCGGGUCUGUGUCAGGUCUCGGGCUGGAUGGGGCAGCUGUGUGUUGGGGUCUCCCCCCACCUCUGUUUUUGUGUUUCUUGUUUUUUAAUAAUGUUUACAAUCUGCCUCAAUCACUCUAUCUUUUUAUACAGAGUCCACCUCCAGCCUUCUCCCCCCCCCUCGGGCCGUCAAGGCCGUUAGGAGAUGCUUGAAGAACUCAACCAAAUCCCGACCCCAGUCAAACUUUGCACAUAUUUAUAUUCAGAAGAGAAGCAUUUCAGUAAUUUAUAAUAAAGAGCACUAUUUUUUAAGGAA